AAUGGAUACUAAUAAGUUAAGAAGUUCAGGUUAUCAAUUAUCAGAUAGAGUUUAAUUUGGUGGUGUUUUUGAACCAGAGAAAUGCAAAUAGAUAGCAAAACAAGUGAUGGAGUUAUAUGAUUCAAACAAGGAUGGUUAUAUUGAAUAAAACGAGAUUGCCAUGAUGUUAUCAGAUGCCUAUAGAGCUAUGAAUAAAGGAUUUAAUCCAACUUCUUAAGAUGUUUCUAAUUGUUAGGCCAUUUUAGAUAGUAAGUUUAUAGUUAUUUUAAGGGAAAUCGACUGGACGUGUUCAUACAGAGGAUAUUGAAUAAUUGGUUUAGAAGUACUUUUCUGGACAACCACCAGCUUAACCAGUAAAGAGAGUACCAGAGAAGUUAUCAAGAAUAGCACAAGAAAGAUUGGAGGUGGCUAGACGUAUCUUUAAGUUUGUGGAUAAAGAUGGAUCAGGAUUUUUAACUGAGGAAGAGGUAAAAGAAUUGUAUUUAUAAAUUAAAAGGUACCUGAGUUAUUGAAAGAAACUUAUAAGCAUAUGGGAAUGAAUGAUUAUUAACCAACAAAGGAGGAUGUAACUAUUUGGAUUUAGAUGACUGAUACUGAUGGAGAUGGUAAAGUGACUUUAGAAGAUUAUGAAUAAUUGGUAUUGGAUUCAUUAAGAAAACAAGGAAUCAGUUUGGAAUGAUU